AUGGCUAAAAACUUCGGGGCCCUAUCGUGCGAGCCGUGCAAAACAUUUUUCAGACGAAAUGCUAUGAAAACGGAUAUUAAGUGUCAAUAUUAUGACAAUUGUAUAAUUGACGAGAAAUCGCGAAAGUUUUGCGCAAAAUGUCGUUUAGAGAAAUGUCUUCGCGUUGGUAUGAAACGGGAUUGGAUGAAUAGUGCGGAUGAGAUAAAAGGGAAAAAGUCAGACAAUCAGAGAAAAAGACACACAAAAAGUAGUAAAACUUCGGACCCAUCGAUAAACACAUCGAAAAAUAGUGAUCCCUUAGAAAAUCAGGACUUUUUUCACGGACUACUCGACGACAAUAGCUUUAGUGAUAUUCAACUCAAUCAACAGAUUUAUGAAAUUGAAAACAGUUUGACAUCCGAUUCAAGCAAAUCGUCAAAUGACAUACAAAACAAUGAAGUGAACAGUUGUAUACCUAAUGAUGAACUGGAUGUAAGACAUGAGAUCCCAAUAGACAUCAAGGAUGAGGUGAUGCGAAAGGCCGUGGAGUUUGAGUUGGCAGUCAUACCGAUCGCCCGUCCCGUCGCUGAAUAUAAAUGCGAUUUUAAUGCCACGGAAAUACAUAUAUUGCGUGAAAUAAUGCAAUCCAUAAAAUACAUAGAAAUACGAGAAAAGGGUCGGAGAGUUGAGAUCAAGAAUAACGUGGAGUUUGUGGUGAACUUCGCCGACAUUUUCGACGCCGAGAUCCGAAGAAUCACUAAAUGUGUGAAAGGGAUGAACGACUUCCAGAAGUUUGACGAAUCGGAUCAGAUUUCGAUGAUUAAGUACGGCUGCUUUGAAGCCAUGUAUUUGCGAUCAAUCAUACACUUUGACCACCAAGAUAAAGUGCUUGUAUUGCCCACAGAUAGGAACGUGACAUUGGUGUUGAAAAUGGAUUUUCUGAGAAAUAAACUCAAAGUUUAUGACUUUUAUGAGCAAUACAUACAUAAAAUAAGCCCCAUUUGGGACUCGGACCGACUAGAUCUAAAACUCAAUGUAAGAAAGUGUAUGCAACAGACCAUGGCACAGGUAGUGUUACGCAAACUCCGAACCACUGCUCACAACAUUUGA